ACGGACUGCGCGCCGCGAGUAGCCGGGAAGCGGCUCCGAGUCCGGACCUGGGAGCAGAGGCUCGGCUCGGUGCUGCGACAGACGCGGAGCGCGGGGGCCGCGAGCCGGCCGAGCGCGGUUUUGGUGGGACCGGUGUUCCCAUCCUGGGACUCUCUCGUGGAGCCGAGCCCGGCCAAUAGGCGCAUGAGGAAGAAGAGCAGGGAAAUGGACUGCUAUUUGCGCCGCCUCAAACAGGAGCUGAUGUCCAUGAAGGAAGUGGGCGAUGGCUUGCAGGAUCAGAUGAACUGCAUGAUGGGGGCGCUGCAAGAACUGAAGCUCCUGCAGGUGCAGACAGCACUGGAGCAGCUGGAGAUCUCUGGAGGGGGUCCUGCCCCAGGCUGCCCUGAAAGCCCCCGGAUGCAGCUUGAGCCCCCUCAGUGGGAGGGUGGCAGCGGUCCUGCCAGGCCUGCGGGCUUCCCCCCCUCCAGCCAACCCUCUCUGGGCAGCGGCGCCAAGCUUCCAUCUCCUAGGAGUGUGUGUGGGAGGGAUCUGGCUCCCCCGCCCAGGACACGGCUGCCAGAGCACCAAA